CGAGAGCCUCCACGGAGGGGGCUACAUGGAGGGCGGCGCCAUGUACCAUGAGCACCGGCUGGCGCACGCGCACCUGCCGCCCGUGCAUUACGCGCCGCCCGCCGCCGCCGCGCACGCCGCGCACGCUGCGCACGCCCUGCCCGGCGAGCCGCUCGUGCACAAGCGCGACAAGGAUGCCAUAUACGGGCACCCCCUAUUCCCGCUGUUGGCGCUGAUCUUUGAGAAAUGUGAGCUGGCGACGUGCACGCCACGCGACCCCGGUGUCGCAGGCGGCGACGUCUGCUCCUCAGAGUCCUUCAACGAGGACAUCGCUGUCUUCAGCAAACAGAUACGCCAAGAAAAACCUUAUUACAUAGCGGACCCCGAGGUCGACUCAUUAAUGGUGCAAGCGAUACAAGUACUACGGUUUCAUCUAUUAGAAUUAGAAAAAGUGCACGAGCUGUGCGACAACUUCUGCCACCGCUACAUCAGCUGCCUAAAGGGCAAGAUGCCAAUCGACCUGGUGAUCGACGAGCGGGAGUCCGCGCGGCCGCCGGACGCGAACGGCGAGCGCUCCGCCGCGGACAGCGGACACGACGGCGCCUCCACACCCGACGUCAGGCCGCCCUCAUCGUCGCUCUCGUACGGCGGUGCUGCGACGGACGACGUGCGGUCGCCGGGCUCGGGAGGCACGCCGGGCCCGCUCGGACAGCCCCCUCCGCAGACCCUCGACGCCACGGAUCCAGAUGCGAUGGGCAAGUGGUGUGGGUCGCGGCGAGAGUGGUCGUCUCCGCCGGAUGUUGCGCGCCGGGUCUACUCCUCCGUCUUCCUGGGUAGCCCGGGUGAGUACCCAGGCGACGCGAGCAACGCCAGCAUCGGCUCAGGGGAGGGCACGGGGGAGGAAGACGAUGACAGCAACGGUAAGAAGAACCAGAAGAAGCGUGGCAUCUUUCCCAAGGUGGCCACCAACAUCCUGCGAGCCUGGCUCUUCCAGCACUUAACGGUGAGUACUCACCCGUACCCCUCGGAGGACCAGAAGAAACAAUUAGCACAGGACACAGGGUUAACGAUACUACAAGUAAAUAAUUGGUUUAUUAACGCGAGACGCAGGAUAGUGCAGCCAAUGAUAGACCAGUCGAAUAGAGCAGUGUUCUACCCGGCAGUGUUCCCGCACGCGGGCCCGAGCGGCGCGUACAGCCCGGAGGCGACGAUGGGCUAUAUGAUGGAGGGGCAGCAGAUGAUGCACAGGCCGCCCACAGACCCCGCCUUCCACCAGGGCUACGCGCACUAUCCCGCAGAGUACUACGGACACCAUCUUUAAUGCACGCGACACUCUUGUACAUAUUUGUAUAACACGGCGCUAGGUGGAGCGUCGCGGGCGGCUGCGGCGACCCUGCUCGCCGCGCCGCUCGCCGAGCCGCUCGCCGCGCGACCUCGUGGCACGAACAAACAGGAGAACGAUGCUACAUGUACAUAAUGCGAUACGUUUUGUAAUAUUGAAACAGUAUACGAUCUCCUAAAUUAAGAUUUAAAGUCAACUUUAAUGUUUAAAUUAAUGUAAAUGAUGACGCGGAGUGACACGGACGCUGUAACAUAGUCGACGGUGCAAUCACCUACAUAUAAAUAAAAUACGAUAUCAUCACUCGGUAUGAUGUAUGGAGCAAGGAAAUGUAACAAUAAACCCGUUUGAUUGUUAUCGUAUAAAUAUUUAUAGCUAAUUGUGUAUUGUUAUUACGUAAAUAUAAAUAAAUAAUUAAAUAGUUGUAAGUUGUAACUAUCAUUGGAUGUACCGGGGUCGAUAGAGUGGGACAUUUUGUUUUGUAAAGGAGUUUUUUUUAAUAUGUAAUAGAAUAUUAUAGGUUUCAUUUUUCAAUUUCAUUACAUACUUAAUGUUGACGAUGACGACCAAAAUAUAUGAGUCUAUUUAAAUUUAUUAAGCAAUUUUAUUCAGUAAUAAAUUUUCUCACCGGUCACAUAGAUUUGCACAGGACUUUAGACAUCAAAGACGUAACGUCGCAAAUAAAUAGAAUUGCGCCUUUAAUAGACAAAAUAAAUUGGGUCACACUAAAUUCUUAUAAGAGUUCUCCGGCCUGUGACUUGUUUUUUUCAUUUACUUAUAAAUUAAUUUAUCCAAAUCUGUGACCCUAGUGAAUUUGUGAGCUCAAAUAUACUUCUAUAUUGAACGUCAAUUUCUCGGAACUUUGUUUCAUCGCCCGCGCUGUAGUUUUGUGAUUUUGCUUUACAGGUCGAUAUACAUAUCUUUGAAUUAUGUAUAUAUUAUAUACAUACAUAUAUAUAUUAUAUAUUUAUUAUUAUGAUAUUGGAAAUGGAAAUAUUGUAGUUUCACCUUGCCUUGGUGUUCAAUAAUGUAGCACAAUUUGUAACCGAUGUAUACGAUGAAAAUAAUGAUAUUUUACAAUGUUAAAGUCGAUGAGAUUUUUAGCUCUAUUUUGUGUCGAUAGAUGGCGCGGUUCGUCUCGGACGUAACGAGUACCUGUCGUCGCGGAUGUUCAAACCUCUUUGUAGUGUGAAGGCUACAAAAGAUAUAUUUUAUUUUAUUUGUAGCCCUUUUAAAUGUCAUACAUAUACAAAGCGAGGUUUGUGAGAUUUUUCUUGACUGAUAAUCGAUUGAGCUUCAUAACUCGAAUUGAAAUCCGCUUUUAAUGGGAGCGGCCAUUUUAAGCCUGAAGGGAUAAAAACGCGGGCAAAUCCGUAUGUUAUUAAUUUAGUUACAUUUAAAUCUAUGUUCUAUAACUGUUACCUUUAGUUUGCUUUAAAUACACUUUAGAUUACUCCGUUAUCUGUGCAUCUGUUGUAACAAAAUGGCCGUUCUCAUAUUGUCUUUGCCCAAAACCAAAUAAAACGUCAACUGUCAGAUGUGCGGGACAAUUGUGACAGGAGCUGUCAAUUUUGGUUUUGGCGCGUCUUGUCUAUUAAUAUAAAGGUUACGUGGAUUGCUUCUUCUUUCACAAUUAACUAUUAAUUAUAAUUAAUUUCACUUUUGAUUUAUUGUAAUAAAAAAUGACCAAUGUCUUUUUUUACAGUUUUAUUUUACAAUGUAAAUUGUUUAUUUAAGUGGUCCACUGUAACUUUUAUAAAUGUAAUGCUACGCAUUACAAGCCUUAGCCAUGUAUACGAAUGGGAGCUAUAAUUGUCAAAAUUGGUCCUAAAUAGCUAUGAUAUAAAUUAAAUAGCGUUAAAAAGUUAUCCGAGAUCAAGCUUUAUACUAGAAAAUAAUUGUAAUAUUUCUUUCACAAAGUUAUGCGAUGCGGUUGUUUAUUUUAGAUUCUUGAUUCUUUAUAUUAGAUAUAAUAAUUAAUAGUAAAGUAAACACUAUUAUUUUAAAUUGUUUGUAACAAUGCAAAUGAAUUAAACUCGAUCAAUAGAUAUGUCAAUUUUGUUUUUUAUUAAAUAAAUACACUUUAUAAAUCUUAGUAAUUUAUAUAUCUAUAAACAACCUUAUCGCAUCUAAUAAUACUUUGGAUAUCUUUUUGUUAAUUCUUUGUAAAUAUAUCAUCGAAUUGAAUCACUUUCCUUUGUAUAAAAGUCGUUUGUUUCCAGUGAAGUUUCAGUAUUAAAAAAAGGAAAGAUGUUUGAACUAUGAAAAACGGACUUUUACUUUUGAAACGCUGGUCUUUGUUAAUAUUUCCCUAUUAUUAUUAUAAUUGUUAAUUACAUGGCGUGUAAUAUAUUUUAUUAAGAGGAAAGUCUUAAAGUAGCUGUUAGGUAUUAAUGUAUUAAUUGGAGAAUUUUAUUUUGAUUUUUCUCUUUAUAUGUAUUAUACAUAACGUUUGAAAGUCAUGGAAUUAUUGUACAUAUAGCCUAAAAACUAACGAAUACAUAAGGUCGUCUCGCAGCGGAACACAUCAGCUAACUCUCGAAGUAAAAUAUUAAUUAUAUAUUUGUAUUGUGUUUUAUUGGCGAAGGUACAUGUAACAUAUAACGAGAGAUAUGCGAUUGUCCUGUUUACAUAUUAACUGCAAUCAGCACGCUGUCGAGACGUACUGUCAGGAGGGAUGUGUCGGCAUUAUGAAUGCUACGAAUUGUGUAAAAAAUAUUAAAA